AUUCCAUAAUGUGGAAUCAAGCUACUGUGAUCAAUCAUCACCAAUCUCUUUCAAAGAUUCACAAUGACAAACUUGAAGUCACUGAUUCUGUGCUUCUUUCUCCAAGCCAUUGUUGUUCUGGUUACAAUACCAGGAAGCCACUGCAGAAGCUUUCUUCCAAACAAUGAAAAUCUGAUAGAGAGCACUUGCAAGAGAACCCCCAACUACAAUCUCUGCGUUCAAACUCUGAAGGCAAGCCCUGAAAGCUCCACUGCUGAUGUUUCAGGGCUAGCUCUUAUCAUGGUGAAAGUGAUAAAAGCCAAAGCAAACGAUGCCUUGAAAAUAAUCCAUGACUUGCAGAGGGCGGGAGCAGGAACUAAACAGAGAAGAGCCUUGAGUUCUUGUGCUAGUAAAUACAAUGCAGUGUUGAUAGCUGAUGUUCCUCAAGCCACUGAGGCUCUGCAGAAAGGGAACCCCAAGUUUGCUGAAGAUGGAGCCAAUGAUGCUGCUAAUGAGGCUACCAACUGUGAGAGUGGUUUCUCUGGGAAUUCUCCACUCACCAAACAGAACAAUGCUAUGCACGAUGUUGCUGCUAUUACUGCUGCUAUUGUUAGAUUGCUGCUCUAGAUUUUGCACUUCCUCAAACCUAUGCUUAGUUGUGUUCACUGAUUGUUGCAGGUGUCUUGGAACCUGCUCUUACCUGUUAUGUAAAAAAAAAAUGCUGCUAUCUAUUUUAAAGCUCUUAUAAUAAGUUAUAUGUAAUAAAAUCCAAGCCUCUCGUUAAUCUCGCAA